GCAGUUUUAACAGUAUCUUUUCGGGAUUUAAUUAUAAUUCAAUCGUUUUUUCCCAAUUAUGUCAUUUGCCGGUAAAGUAAUCUUAAUAACUGGAGCUAGUUCGGGAAUAGGAGCUGCAUGUGCCGAGUAUUUUGCCAAAGAAGGUGCUCAACUAGCGUUGGUGGAUCGAAAUGCUGACAAAUUUCAGAAUGUUGUACAGAAAAUCAAGCAAAUUGAUGCAUCUAACGAUCCACUCGUAAUGCUGAAGGAUGUGACAAUGGAAGCGAAACAAAUAAUCGACGAAACCAUUCGAAAAUACAAUCGACUGGACGUUCUAAUCAACAAUGCUGGAUUCUCGAUACGUGGUACCGUCGAAAAUACCAAAAUUGAUGAUUUUGAUUCGAUAUUUGCAACGAAUGUUCGCGCUGUCUUUAUGCUGACACAGCUGGCGAUUCCAUAUUUGAUUGUUUCGAAGGGUAAUGUCGUCAAUAUGUCGAGUGCAGCUAGCCUAAGGGCAAUGAAAAAUAAUCUCGCGUACAGUAUGGCCAAAGCGUCUGUAGAUCAUUUUACACGUUGUGCGGCAUUGGAGUUGGCUUCGAAAGGUGUCCGAGUGAAUUCAGUUAAUCCUGCAUUGAUAAUCACUGAUUUCCAUUUGAAUCUUGGAAUGACAAUGGAAGAAUACCGAGAAUAUGUUGACACUUUCGGAAAACAGCAUCCGGUUGGACGUGCUGGUCAGCCGGAGGAAGUAGUUAGAGCUGUUGCGUUUUUGAGUGCAGAAAGCUCGGGUUUUGUAACUGGCAUAUCUCUCCCAAUUGACGGUGGUAUUACUGUAUCUAAUGCAAUAAGCGCUACUGGUCCCCGUAAUUUACCCAACUAGAGCCACAACGACAUUUUUGUACAUGUCGUAAAUGGUAUAUACAGCCAAAUAUUAAUUGAAAAUAAAAAUGUUUGUAGCGUGCUGCAUA